AUCAAUUUGAAAUCGAAAGCAGCUCAGGCGCUAAACGCGAUUUUCAAAUCGUGGAAUAUAACGGCAAUACCGUCGUGGAACAUAAGCGGCGAAAUUUGCAGCGGAGACGCAAUCAACGACGCCGUCACCCUCGAAAGCAGUGAUCAUAACCCUUUCAUCAAAUGCCUCUGUCAUUAUGAAAACGCCACUACCUGUCGAAUAAUCGCAUUGAAAGUUCGGGCGAUGGAUGUUACAGGACCAAUUCCUGAUGAGCUUUGGACUCUGGUUUACAUCACACGUUUUACUUUUGGGGCCAAUGCAUUGUCAGGACCAGUUCCUAAAGAAAUCGGACUACUUACUGAUUUAAGAUCACUUGCCCUUGAUAUAAAUAGUUUCUCUGGUUCUCUACCAUCAGAGAUUGGAAAAUGCAAUAGGCUACAGAAAAUUUACAUCGCAAGUUCAGGACUUACCGGUCAGAUCCCUCCAUCGUUUGCUAAUCUUGUGGACUUGGAAGAGGCUUGGAUUAAUGAUAUCCAACUCACAGGUCAGAUACCAGAAUUUAUAGGAAAAUGGACAAAGCUUUCUGCACUGAGAAUUCUAGGGACUAAUUUGAGUGGUCCUAUUCCAUCGUCAUUUGCCAACUUAAUUUCUUUGACCGAGUUGAGACUUGGUGAUAUAUCCAAUUGUAACUACACUCUCGAAUUCAUCCGGAACAUGACGUCUCUUAGUGUCUUAGUAUUAAGGAACAAUAAUCUUAUGGGGACAAUACCUUCCAAUAUUGGAGAAUAUGUGAAUCUGCGACAACUUGAUUUGAGUUUCAACAACCUUACUGGUGAAAUUCCAGAUUCUCUUUUCAACUCAAACCAACUUACUCAUUUGUUUCUUGGAAAUAACAAGUUGAACGGUUCCUUACCCACUCAAAAGAGUUCCUCUCUUAUCAAUAUAGAUGUAUCAUACAAUGAUUUAGCAGGGAAUCUUCCUUCUUGGGUUAGCCUACCAAACUUGCAACUUAACCUGAUAGCCAACCACUUCACAUUAGAUGGUUCUAACAAAAGAAGAAUUUCCAAUGCAAUCGUGGCAAAGGAAUAUGCAAAUUUCAACUUUUCAGUCAAUUGUGGAGGCCUAGAAAUAAGGUCUAACAGUGGAGCGUUGUACGAGAAGGACGAGGAGGCGCUUGGCCCAGCUUCGUUUUUUGUUAGUAAAACGCAGAGAUGGGCAGUAAGCAACGUAGGACUCUUUACUGGGAGUAACACUAACCAGUACAUAGCUCUUUCAUCAUUUUUCAUACAAUCUCCAAACACUUCGGACUCAGAGCUUUUUAAGUCGGCUAGACUGUCUGCGUCUUCUCUAAGGUAUUAUGGAUUGGGGCUAGACAAUGGUGGCUAUACUGUAACAGUUCAGUUUUCUGAUGCGCAAAUACAAGGUUCUAAUACCUGGAGAAGUCUUGGAAGGAGAGUUUUCGACGUAUAUGUCCAGGGAAAGCUUGUCGAAAAGGAUUUUGAUAUACAUACAUCAGCUAAUCGUUCUGAUGUCCGAGUAGUUCAAAGAGCAUUUAAGGCAAAUGUAUCUGAAAAUUACUUAGAAAUACAUCUUUUCUGGGCUGGAAAAGGGACAUGUUGUAUUCCUUUUCAAGGGACUUAUGGGCCUUUAGUCUCAGCAAUCAGUACAAGUGACCUUUAUGAUCUUCGCAAGAGAGCAGGAACGAGAAGUAUCUUGGUGUUUGCUCUCAUUGUUCUGAUCAUCCGUAGGAAAAGAAAAAGGAAAGCAAAUGAAGAAGUGCUACUUAGUUUGGACAUAAAGCCCUACACAUUUAGUUACACAGAGCUCAAAACUGCAACUCAAGAUUUUGAUCCUUCGAACAAACUUGGAGAGGGAGGAUUUGGACCUGUUUAUAAGGGAAAACUCAACGAUGGAAGAGAGAUAGCUGUGAAAAAAUUGUCAGUUGCAUCAAGGCAAGGCAGUGAUCAAUUUGUUGCGGAGAUUGCAACUAUAUCAGCUGUUCAGCAUCGUAACCUCGUAAAACUCUAUGGAUAUUGCGUUGAGGACGACCAGCGUUUGCUAGUAUAUGAAUACCUCUCAAACAAAAGUCUAGAUCAAGCUCUCUUCGAGGAACAGAGUUUGCAACUUAGUUGGUCAGACCGUUUUGGGAUAUGCUUAGUAGUAUGAUGGAGACUCUUCACAUUGGUUUAUCAAAAUCUCUUUUAGGAAAUCUUUUUUAUUAAUUUAUCAAAGUAUGAAUACAAUAUGAGGCGUAUCAGAGUAGCCAGAGGUUUAGCAUAUAUGCAUGAAGAGUCAAGGCUACGUAUAGUUCAUAGAGAUGUGAAGGCAAGCAAUAUUCUUCUCGACUCGGAUCUUAUCCCAAAAAUCUCUGAUUUCGGUUUGGCCAAGCUAUAUGAUGACAACAAGACGCACAUGACUAGCCGAGUUGCAGGGACUAUUGGAUAUCUUUCACCAGAGUACGCCAUGCUUGGACACUUGACUGAGAAGACCGAUGUGUUUGCCUUUGGUAUUGUGGCUCUAGAGAUUGUUAGUGGGAGACCAAACUCUUCACAGAACUUGGAUGAUGAUCAAACAUACCUUCUCGAAUGGGCAUGGAGCUUACACGAAAACAAUAGUGAUGUGGAACUAGUGGAUCAGGAUCUAACAGUAUUUGAGGAGGAAGAAGUGAAACGUGUGAUUGGUGUUGCCUUCUUAUGCACGCAAACAGAUCAUACGAUACGACCAACGAUGUCACGUGUGUAGCAAUGUUAGGUGAUGUGGAGGUAAAUGAAGAUGAUGCAAAGCCAGGCUAUUAUCUUUCAGAGAGAACAUUCGAGAAUGAAAUGGGCUUCGUAGAAACAAGGAAGCAGCACUCAACCUCUAGCCCACUCAUAUCAGAACGUCAUUAUUGAUCGAUGUUUAAGAAAGCAGUAUGCUAAACCAGUGACUCUGAGUCUAGCAAAGGGUGACCAUUAGCCUAGUCCUAAUCGAAAUCUAUACGUUUUUUAGGGGGUUUAGAAAAUUUUAUAAUAAACUAAAAAAAUAUAAUAAACAUAAUUAAAUAAUCUUGAUAAACACGAUCUAACCACACUUGGGGAGGGGAUGUGUAAUUUAGACAAGCCGAUUUGAUUUAAACAAAUCCAAAUUCUAAUAUCGUUUAAACUAUUUAAUUUUUCUAACUUGUAGGAUCAGUGGUGUGGAGUCUUUGCAUUAUUUUUUACUGUUUUUAUCUUUUGUGUGCAAUAUGCAUGCUUUGAUUUGAAUAUUUUAUCUACAUAUACCAAUUUGAGUUUGAUUCAUAACUACAUCAUAUUUUAUUAU